GUUUAUGAUUAUGACAUGAUAUGACUUUUGUUGAUAUACGAAAAAAAAUAUCUAAAUAUGUUUAUAAUAAUUUAUUUACUUGAUAAUAAAAAAGCUUAAUAAUUUUAAAUGGACUUUACUAUAAUGUUAAGCUAUUAUUAAAACUUAGUGAUUGUAUUUGAGUAUUAUUAAAGUAAAAAUCGGUUUAAAAUGAACUUAGAGCUUUUAGAAUCUUUUGGACAAAAUUAUCCUGAAGAGUUCGAUGGUACAUUGGAUUCAAUAUCCUUGGCUGCAACAUGCGCAUUUAACCGCCGAGGGACACUCUUAGCAGUUGGGUGCAAUGAUGGUAGAAUCUUCAUAUGGGAUUUCCUUACACGGGGAAUUGCUAAAUCCAUAUCAGCACAUGUUUACCCUGUUUGCAGUUUGAGUUGGUCAAGAAAUUGUAAAAAGGUAAGCUCUUAAUUCCUAGCUAGCAUCUGUAAUAAAUUUCAUAUAUUUAAAAUUUCAUAGAGUAUUGCCGAAAGAUAUUUUAUAACUAUUGAUAUGAACGGCAGACUUAUGGGGGAUUUCUGUUAAAGUUAUUUCAUCUAUAAUAGAUAUAAAAGCAGCUUAUCUAGCUACUAUAUUUAAUACAAGCAUUGAAUCUGGUGUGUUUCCUGAUUUAAUGGAACAUAGCAGAAUCAUAUCUUUAUUUAAAUCUGGUAGUACAUUAGAUCCUGCCAAUUUUAGACCAAUUUCUGUACUAUUAACAUUUAGUAAAAUUUUUGAUUAAAUAAUUUUAGAUCCAAUGUUAAGGCUUUUCUAAUAUUAAUAAAUUGCUUAAUAAAAAUCUAUUUGGUUUUACAAGGCGUCGCUUGACAACUGAUGCUGGAGUUGACCUUAUUAAACAUAUUUUUUGUACAUAGGAGAAUUCAGAGAAUGGUUUCGGUAUAUUUUGUGACCUUUCCAAGGCCUCUGACUGUGUUCACCAUGAGACAUUAAUCAGGAAGCUACAAUACUAUGGUGUCAAGAACACAGUGCUUUAACUUAUUAUUUCAUAUUUAAGUAAUAGAAUGCAGAAACUUAUUAUUAAUGGUAAAAGUUCUUCCCGGUUACCUGUACUAAUGGGUGUCCCUCAAAGCUCAAUUCUUGGUGUAUUACUAUUUCUAGUGUAUAUUAUUGACUUACCUUCCCUUGUAGGGAUAAUCAUGAUAUAGUAUUAUUUGCUGAUGAUACUUCCUUGAUUUUUAAACUUAAAUAUCAAUCCUUGAAAUGUGAAGAAGUGAAUUAUACUAUAUCAAAAUUAGUGCAUUGGUUUAAGAUUAAUAAUCUACAUUUAAACAGAAAUAAAAUUAAAUGUAUUAAAUUUACAACACUGAAUGUUAAAAUUCUGAAUACCAGUUAUAUCAUUAAAUAUUGUAUUAAACAAGAACUGUUUAAUAAAGGUUAUUAUACUAUAAAUGAAUACAUGGUUGAUAAAAACUCCUGGGAAUGAGGUGGUUGCUUCCAAGCUGUUUCUAAAAUAAAUUUUGUAAAUAGUUUGUACAACCUUUCAUGUAAAAUUUACUUUAAAAAAAGUCCUGGUGGGUUUUUUGCUGGUUCUUCCCAGGACAGAGCUUUUUAUUUCAAACCAGUGGUAAAGUCUAACGGUGGUAGAGCCACGCAGCAGCUUUUGCUGUUGCACGUAUGGGCCGGCUCGAGCCGGGUUAGUACCAUGACCUCACAAAAUACUGGCGUGAAGUGGAGGCCCAAUUCCCCCCCCCCCCCCCCAUCAACAUGGUAGCGGAAUUACAUCAUAAACUACCCCAGGAGGGUACCAGCACCCCUGGAGAAUCCCUCGCUGAGCAUCCACGACCAUGCUAUUCCACUCCUGAGCGUGAGUGCUCAGGCUGCCCCGCGUAUUCUGGGGGGGGGGGGGGGGGGGGCAAAAUUCCGCUCAACACAAUAACUGCUCGGGGCAAACUGAGCAACAAGACCAAGGCGACCUCUGCCACGCUAUCCGUGAAUUUCUGCAACAUCAGGAGACUUCACUCGAACCUAAACGCCGUCCACUACCAUCUCGAGACGGCGAGUCGGCCUUGCUCUUUCUGACGCAGGUGUCCUCUCUGGCUGAUACUUUGUAUCUCUCCUACCCGGGGUACAAAUUGGAGCACUCCUUUGUGCCUCAGGCUGGAGUUUGCGUGUAUGUCAGAGAGGACAUCUGUUCUCGACGCCUCGGCAGUCUUGAAGGUUCGGACCUGUCCAUCCUUUGGCUACGCGUAGACAGCGACGACCAUCCGCGCGUCUACGUGUGUCUCUAUAGGUCCCAUAGCGGUAAUGCCGAAACAGAUCGACUCAUCGACCACGUCCAAAUGGCUACAGAUUCCUUGCUACAACAGGUCCCAUCCGCAGAGAUCGUGAUCCUUGGCGAUUUUAACGCCCACCACACCGAAUGGCUCGGUUCACGUUUGACCGAUCAUGCGGGGAGAUCUGUUUAUGACUUUGCCUUGGCAUAUGGUCUGACACAACUGGUUACAUCGUCUACGCGGAUUCCAGAUGUUGAGGAUCAUACACCUUCCCUGUUGGACCUUCUGCUGACCUCUCAUCCGGACGGAUAUCAGGUUUCCGUCGAUGCCCCUCUUGGCUCUUCGGACCAUUGUCUGAUCCGGAGUAUGGGGCCACUCACGCUCCCCUCGCGGUUGCGUUCUGCAGGUUGCCGCCGUGUUUGGCAUUAAAGGUCGGCGGAUUGGGACGGAAUGCGGUCUUUCUUUGCUUCCUACCCAUGGGGGCGGGUUUGCUUCUCGCCGGAUGAUCCCAGCGCUGUUGCUGACUCUGUCACUGAUGUGGUGCUACAGGCAAUGGAACUAUUUAUUCCAUCAUCUGUGGUACCCAUCAGAGGCAGAUCUCAGCCUUGGUUUGGUCGCUUCUGUAAGACUGCAUUACGCAGUAAGCAGGAGUGUUAUCAAGCCUGGGCUGCGGCUUCGGCGACUCGGGAUGUAAACACCAGCAUACUUAAAAAGAAGUAUAACUUCGCCUCCAGGUCCUUCAAAAGAGUUAUUGCCUAGGCAAAGUCAGAGCACAUAGGCAGAAUUGGCGAAAAACUAGUUCGCCUUCCUUCGGGAACUCGUGCAUUCUGGUCUCUCGCCAAGGCUGUCCAAGGGAAUUUCUGUAAGCCAUCACUACCAUCUCUGCACAGGGAGGACGACUCACUGGCCCACGACGCAAAAGAGAAAGCCGACCUUUUAGGCUCCCUUUUUGCGUCCAACUCGACUGUUGAUGACGGGGGGAACAUACCGCCGACCAUCCCGCGGUGUGAGUGCUCCUUGCUGGAUGUGCGGUUCUCACAGCGCUCGGUUCGCAGAGUCUCCCUUGAUAUCCACAAGUCGAGUGGGCCUGACGGAAUCCCCCCAAUUGUGCUGAGGACGUGUGCUCCGGAGUUGGCACCGGUUCUAACGCGUCUUUUCCGGUACUCCUACUCCCUAGGCGUAGUCCCGAAAUCAUGGAAGACAGCUUUUGUCCACCCGAUCCCUAAAAAAGGCGACCGCUCAGACCCGUCCAACUACAGGCCUAUCGCCAUCACCUCCUUGUUCUCCAAAAUAAUGGAAUCCGUUAUAAACUGCCACCUCAUGCGGUACCUUGAGGAUCACCAGCUGAUUAGUGACCGCCAAUACGGUUUUCGUCGGGGUCGAUCAGCUGGUGAUCUUCUGGUCUACUUAACUCAUAGAUGGGCGGAGGCAGUUGAGUCCAAGGGGGAGGCAUUGGCCGUUAGUUUGGACAUUGCGAAGGCCUUCGAUCGAGUUUGGCACAAAGCACUUCUUUCGAAGCUCCCUUCCUAUCGGCUUCCCGAGAAAUUAUGCAAUUGGAUCACCAGCUUUCUUGCAGAUCGGAGCAUCAAGGUCGAUGUAGACGGUGCAUGCUCCGACUACAAGCCUACCAACGCUGUUUCUUCUGCAUAUCAAUGAUAUGUUGCAAGCCGGUAGCAUUCAUUGCUAUGCGGAUGACAGCACUGGUGAUGCUCUAUACACCGGCUGUGCCAAUAUUUCUCGGGAAAACGUCACCGAGUACCGGAACAAACUUGUGUCUGAAGUCGAGUCUUUGUUGGACAAAGUCUCGGAUUGGGGGCGACUAAAUCUAGUCCAGUUUAAUCCUCAGAAGACACAAGUUUGCGCGUUUACCGCUAAAUAGAACCCCUUUGUCGUAUCUCCUCAGUUUCAAGGUACUCCCCUUGUUGCCUCAGCCAGUAUCGGAAUCCUCGGCGUCAACAUAUCGAGUGACGUGCAGUUUCGUGGUUACUUGGAAGAGAAGGCCAAAUUGGCCUCUAAAAAGCUUGGCGUGCUCAGCAGAGCGGGACAGUAUUUCAUGCCGGCUCAACGCCUGCAACUUUACAAGGCGCAGGUUCGGCCUCACAUGGAAUACUGUUCCCAUCUCUGGGCAGGGGCUUCCCAGUGCCAGCUCCUUCCACUUGACCGCAUCCAGCGCAGAGCGGCUCGAAUCGUCGACGACCGUGUCCUUUCCGAUCGGCUUGACUCAUUGGCGCUGCGAAGAGAUGUUGCAUCUCUUUGCAUUUUCUUUCGCAUUUACCACGGGGAGUGCUCUGAGGAAUUGUUCGGAUUAAUCCCAGCCGCCAAAUUUCACGAACGCACAUCGCGGCAGAAGUCCCGAUACCAUCCACACCAUCUGGAUGAUUGGCGGUCCACCACUGUGCGAUUUAGAAGAUGUUUUCUUCCUCGCACAACUUCCUUGUGGAAUAGUUUACCACCAGCGAUUUUUCCGGACCGAUACGACUUAGGGACCUUCAAGAAAAGAGCCUACUCCUUUUUAAAAGGCCGGCAACGCAUCUGCAAUUCCCCUGGUGUUGCGGUUGUACGUGGGCGGCGGUAGUCGCUUACAAUCAGGUGAGCCGCGUGCUCGUUUGCCCCCUCUCCUAU